UGACCGGAAGGGAACUUUCAUUGAAGCAAGAAGGAAAUCGGCUGCACUGGAUUUUACCAGUCCAGGGUACACCCUGGACUGGUCACCAGUCUCGCCACGGGAAAGUGACGCGCCACGGGAAAACCAGGAACAAGUCGGCAGAGCACAAACGGAGAAAAUGAGGAAAAACCGUCAAUUUCUGAGAAAAUGGUGAUUUUCGUUUUAUUGCAAAAUGUGCAAGUUGAAAUUGUGAAGUAUCCAAUCGAUUCUUUAAAUGACAAUUUCGGAGGUUUUAAAAUGGUACAUUUUAUGUUUAAACUCGGCUUGUUUUCAGCCUAAAACUCCAUUUUUGGGGAGGGGAAAAGCCUCAGCUCAUUUCUGUAGCAACUUUGUUUGGCUCCACGCUGGAUUUUGUUCUGCUUGUCGACCAAUAACCCAGCGUGCUUCAAGAAACCUCGUGGCUACUUAACAUCUCCUAUGAAAAAUAAUAUAUUUCUUCACGAUGGACCAAGCUCAACGUGUUGCAGACGAACUGAAUCGCGGCUGUUACAGCGCUUCGCUGUGGGAGAACAUGUUCAGCAGCACCGCCACCGCCGGACUCUCUUCAGAUUCUGAAUCAGAAGGAGAUGAAGAGGAAGAGGAAGAUGACAGCGACUGCAUUACUUUGGAGAACAUUCCUAGUCUGCAGCUGUCUUCAACCCAAAACGAGGAUGACGAAGAAAGCUUUGGACUGGCGGCUGAAGAGCUAAAACGUAAGAUAUCAGAAGCUAUAACACAUUUGAGGAAAACAGAGACAGUGAAAUGGAGAAGAUGCGUAACUCUGACUGGAAAUGUUACGGAGGAAGAAAGGAGAACUCUUCACUUGGGACACAGUCCUGUAGCCGCAAACUUUCUCCAGAGAUCAGGUGCAACAUACGGAUGGAUUCAUUAGCAGCAGAAAGGGAGCGGCAGGACGUGAGAAUAAUCGGACAUCUUGAAGCAAACAGUAGAAACCUCAGCGAUGACAACAUCCACCAAGAAGACACCACGGAAAAGAAAACACGCCAGGACAACUUAUUCCAUCGGUGGCAUCGAAGUCUGCCGGAAUACCUCUCAGUUUCUCAUGGGGUGAGUUUAUAACUUUUUAAAAAAAACUAUUAUGAUGCAUCAUACUGUAAAUAAAUCAUGUACUGAAGCGGACAAAUCACAUAAACCUGACCAGUUAAAUAUUAAAAUCGACUUGAGUGAGGUUUGUGUUUGUAUUUUUAAUCUAAGCUUGAGGUUGAGGUGCAAACCUUCAGGAGGAGAGGAAGACUGCAGCAAUCAAGAAGCGACAGGAUCAUCUUCAGCUUGUUCAAAAAGAGAGGGCCGUCUACAACGAGAUGACUGCUGCCUGCAAAAAGACCUGCGACGACUAUCAGUUGGCCAUCGGCCCCUCCCCACCUUCAAGUAAGAAGAUCAGGAGGCACUACAGCUUUGACUUUGCACAGCAGAUGCACUUCCCCUCGAACCCACUGCAGCCUGGGCCAAUGUACUUCCUGACACCACAGAAAUUUGGACUUUUUGGUGUCUCUUGUGAAGGCCUGCAGAAACAGGUGAAUUUCCUUAUUGAUGAAGGGAUGUUCAUCAGGGAAGGGGAACAAUGAAGUCAUCAGCUUCAUGCACCACUUCACUCAUUUUGGAGUUGGAGAAACUGAUGUGGAUCUUCAUUGUGACAACUGCACUGGGCAAAACAGAAACAAUUUUAUGUUGUGGUAUGGCGCCUGGCCAAGCUUCACUCCACACUAAAUAUCCACUUCCUGAUUGCUGGCCACACCAAAUUUGCCCCGGACUGCGGCUUUGGGCUUAUCAAACAAGCAUACAAGAGGUCAGCACGUUGGCAGAUAUCACCAAAGUAGUGGAAAACAGCUCGCCAGAAAGUCGCCUCAACAUCCCACAGCUGGUCGGACUGGAAGAUGGCACAGUGUUAGUCAACACGUUUGACUGGCAGGCACACCUAAGUCCCUACUUCCGAAAACUCCCACAUAUCAAGAGUUAUCAGCACUUCAGCUUUGAUGCCAAAAGACCUGGUGUGGUCCUAACUAGGACUCACAGCGAUGCAGAGCCCGUUAGCUUUCAGCUGCUGUGUGACCCAGAAGUUCUACCCCCUGUCGUGUGUGUUCCUGCCCUGCCUGCACCUGGACUGGCCACGGACAGCAGGCCUUUCUGUUCCGAUGAAGCGGAGGACAUUACACCACAAAGCACAACACAGAAGAGGAUGAUGGUGUGACAUUGGCGUUUUGGCAAUUUGUAAUCUGUAUAAAGUUGUAAAUAAAAAUCACAUUUGUGACAUGAUCAAAGUCAAGUUAAUGCCCAUUUCUCUUCCUGGGUUCAUUAAAGUCAAGAGGUUUGCAGACAUAUCAUUUGAUGGGUACAGAUUAAAUAGCUGUAGCACCAGCCUCUUCUAGAUUAACACGUAUUCAAAAGGUGUAAACUAUUAGCCCAUAGCUCUAUUCAUACCUGCACACAUAAAAUGAAGACUGAUAAACAAUAUUUCUUCAUGCUACAAUAAUCUUUGGACAUUUCAUAUUACAUAUUAAGAAGAACACAUCCAUAUUACCCUGAUAUUUUGAUAAUUGCGUGAGAUUGGAUUUCAAACUCUGCCUGAGGCAGAACAUUUAAUAGUCUGGAACUUUAAGUGAGACUUAUCUAAAAACAAGAGGAAACCAAACCAAUCACUAGGAUGCAGUCAUGAUGCAAUUUGCAGACAUAAAUAAUAUUUAAAAAAAAUAGAUUGUAAUGCAUUGCUGUAAAUUAUCUUUACAUAGAAAAAGUUCAGUGACAGUCAGUUGGAGCUUCUCUUGACAAACAGUUGGGGGAGGUUGGCUAUUCAAAGUUAUUGAAAUUAGCAGCUUUUGUCACCACCCUGCUUUCAGGGAGAGAAAACAAUGAAUCUUUCAGGGCUGAUUUCUCAGAAAAAUAGUCUGGUGAGUGCAGACAUUCAGAUGGUCAUAUCUUUUUUGAUUUCCACAAGUAUGACAUCAUUGGAAAGCUUAGACUCCACUCUUUUCGGAUCUGUAAAUAACUCAAAACGACCCCAGGUAGACUUGUUCCUGGUUUUGCCACGGCCAGUCUGUGUCCCUUCAGUGUAAAUUUUACACUGAAGGGACAUUUAGACUGGCCAGUUAAACGAACACGUUUUUAGAUGAGAAGAAGCAGGAAAACCAUGCAUGCAAAGGGGGAACAUGCACACCAAGGCUUUGCAUGCACGAGAUUUGAACGCAGGACAUUUAACUGAAAAACAACAGUGCUACAACAUGCAAAAAGGAAUAUAAUAAACAGAGGAAGACAUGAAAAUUGUACAACUCUUUAUUUUCGUAUAAACUCAAUUUUGAUGAUUAACCAAGAAAACAAUUCCAGUGACUGGAAGGAGUAGCAAACGUGAAAAAUGUCAGUUCUGAAUAGUAUAACAAUUUUGCCUCAAAUUAAAUCUAAUUUGUUGCUGUUAGAGCCAACAUAAAGCAUUAUUUCCACAGGCUAUCGCGCAUUUAUCAGCUGUUUGUGUGAUAACCUUUGAA